AUGUUCCCUUGCUUCCAUGACAGAGGUGUCACAAUGGCUCAUUGGUUCCACAGUGUCACAACGGGCUCUGCAUUUUGCCAGGCCCCAAAGUGUCACAGUGGUCUCCAUGGUCCCACGAGGCCACACAGCGUCACCGUGAUCUCCACAGGAAGGACACUACAGAGCUCAGAUGUUUCAGGGGCUGAUGAGCUGCAGCCCCCAGAGGCCAAAGCCAGACAGACCUGUCUGUCCUGCAGGUUGGUCUGGGAACAACCCAUGGAUAUUCAAAAUUUUGAAUGUGAAAUCCCAGUUUCAGCCCUUUGUUCCUGGAGGACAAGACCAGUUCUUUUCCAUAGAAGUGAAAGCACAGAGCCCCUGUGUUUGGAAGGCAGGAGGACGAGGAGGAGAAGGAGGAGGAGAAGAAUGAGGAGGAGGAGGAGGAGGAGGAGAAGGAGAAGGACAAGGAGGAGGAGUGGGACAAGGACGAGGAAUACAAGGAGGAGGAUGAGGAAAAAGAGGAAGACAAGUAGGAGGACGAGGAGAAGGAAGGUGGACGAGGAGGACGAGGAGGGGGAUGAGGACAAGGACCAGGAGGAGGACAAGGAGGAAGAUGAGGAAGGGGAGGAUGAGCAGGAGGACAAGGAGGAUGAGGAGGAGGAGACUGAUGAAGAGGAGGAGGAGCAAUACGAGGAGGAGGAAGAGGAGGAUGAGGACGAAGAUGAAGCUGAGGAGGAAGACAAGGAGGAGGACAAGGUGGAGGAUGAGGAUGAUGAUGAGGAGGGGGAGGGGCACAAUAAUGAGUAG